AUGGAUACCCUAGAUGUUGAAAAACAGACAUUCAACGAUGUUGAUACUAAUUCCACUAAAAGAAGAAAAUUAUUCUUGAAAAUAUUGUUAUUCUCAACUAUAACUAUCUUACUAUUGUCUGUAUCAUUUACUCUUUUUUACUUUUUUUACUUGAAAAAAUAUCUGUAUAAUAAGUUAAUGGAGAAGGUAAAUUCUCAGUAUGUAAAAUAUUUGGACCCGAACGAAUUGGGUAAAUUAAAUAAAAGUCUAAUAUAUAAAAAAAUGAAAUACUAUGCAAUUAAAAAUGAUAUAAAAAUAGAAAAUAAAAAACACAAAACCUGUGGUGAAAAUGGUUGUCCAUUGUUAGGUUCUAAUUCCAUUUAUGAGUGGGAACUGAAUUAUAUCGCUGAAGCAUUAGAGGGUAGCUCUGGUGUAGACUUGGAAUAUGAGUUUGAAACAAUUAAAAUGCAUAGAGAUUUUCUUCGUAAAUACUUCAAAGUCUACCGAACCAAGAAAGCUUUUAUGGAAAGUUACACCAAUUUCAGACUAAACAGAAAAAGAAUAGAGGAUCACAACAACAAGCCCGAUAGAUUGUACAAUAUGACCCUUACCAACUUCGCGGAUACUGACGGAGACAUGUCAGCAUUAUCUAAUGAACAAAUUCCAGAAGAUGUUUUAUCAACCAAAAUGUCAAAAGCAGGUUUAAAUCUGGGUGAUCAAGAAAUUCAUGUUGAUUGGAGAAAGAGCGGAUAUGUAAAUGAUGUUAUUAAUCAGGGCCCAUGUGGUUCUUGCUGGGCAAUCGCUAGUGCAGAUGUGUUUAGUUCAUUCAUGUCAAUAAAGAAUAAGAAACCAAUGAAGUUCAGUUAUCAACAAUUGGUAGAUUGUGUAUCACCCAAGUAUAAUUGUCAAAAGGGUGGAAGCCAUAGAACAGGUUUACAAUACAUUAAAGAAAACCCAAUGUGCACAGAUAAGGAAUACCCAUAUAUAUUCAAAAAAAGCUCUUGCACAUCAUACAAGUGUGAACAAAAUUCAGAAGUUAAAGAAGUAGUGAGUCUCUAUAACGGUAAUCCUCUAGAACACCUAAAAACCAAGGGACCAUUCCUAACAUUGUUCUAUGUGUCAAUUGAGUUCCUAUUGUACGGAGAUGGAAUAUUUGAUGGAAGCUGUGGAGGAAAAGAAGCACACUCAGUUGUAGUAGUAGGUCAUGGCUACGAUAAGGUUAAAAAUGUAAACUAUUGGAUAGUAAAAAACUCUUGGGGAAAAGCUUGGGGAGAAAAGGGAUAUUUUAGAAUAUUAGAUAAACCUUCAAUAUCUCCGGAUAAGCCAAAUAAGUAUUGUGAUUUUACAUUCAAAAGUUACGGUUUAGUAGGGUAA